AUGGAAACUUCAACCAGCGCAAAGGACCAUGACGUGGCCACAGAAUACGACUAUGGGGACACGAUCCUGCAUGACCCGGUAGAAGAGAGGGCCUUUGGGGCCCAGCUGCUGCCCCCGUUGUACUCGGUGGUGUUUGUCAUCGGCCUGGUCGGCAACAUCCUAGUGAUCCUGGUCCUCAUGAAAUACAAGAGGCUCAGAAAGAUAUCUUUGAGAAGGGAAUGGCAACCCGCUCGAGAACUCUUGUCUGGAAAAUCCUAUAGAUGGAGGAUAUCUAACAUCUACCUUCUCAACCUGGCCAUUUCUGACCUCAUCUUCCUCUUCACGCUGCCCUUGAAGGAUGACUGGAUUUUCGGUGAUGCCGUGUGUAAGUUGCUCUCUGGGUUCUUUUUCCUGGGCUUGUACAGCAAGAUCUUCUUCAUCAUCCUGCUGACCAUUGACAGGUACCUGAUUAUCGUCCACCCCCUGUCUAAACUUUGGUGUUGGUACAUUACCUCUGGUACUAUCACCUGCAUUGUCACCUGGGUCCUGGCCGUCUUGGCUUCUGUCCCCGGCUUGUACUUUUCCAAGACCCAGUGGUGGUUCACCCACUACACCUGCAGUCUUCAUUUUCCUCCUGAAAGCCAUGGAAGAAAGUGGAAGCAGUUCCUGGCUCUGAAACUGAACAUCUUGGGGCUGAUAUUGCCUCUGUUGGUCAUCAUUGUCUGCUAUAGUCAGAUUGUAAAGAUUAUGCUCAGAAUAUCAAAUAAGAAGAGGGUCAAAGCCAUGCAUCUGAUUUUUGUCAUCAUGAUCACCUUCUUUCUCUUUUGGAUGCCCUACAAUCUGACUGUGUUUGUUUCUGCUUUCCAAGAUUCCCUGUGUGAGCACUGCAGCCAGCUGGACUUGGCCAUUGAAGUGACAGAGGCGAUUGCCUAUGUGCACUGCUGCAUCAACCCCAUGGUCUAUGUCUUUUUCCGCGGGGGGUACCGCAGGGUUCUAUGGGACUUGCUCUAUCAGCUGACUAAGUGUCGCUGCUUCCUCUACAAGAGGCAGGAGAGGGUCAACUCCAUGUCCGUUACACAGGCAAGGAAGAGCGCUGUUCUGUGCUCAGACUCAGGCCCCUCACUUCCAUCGAGGCCCCAAGAAGCAUAAGCUGCUAGCAUGCUGACUGGGGAGGAGGCAGCUUGGGUCUCCCAGCCAGAUUCUGACACCUGACCUGGAACUGUAGCCACAUGGGGUUGAGGGAGCUCCAAGGUGUUCUACAA